CGACCCACUUUUUUUUUUUUUUUUACCUCAGUGACAGAUCUACUGUUCUCUCAGCCCUGAGAAGGUCCGAGCCCCAUGGCUUCACACGUGAUUUAACCAGAACCCGUCCAGAACAGCGGAGGAACAUGUAGAAAUGGAUUUUAUGAAGCUGCUUGGCACCGUUGUCGCCGUUCUGUUCCACCCUGGAUCCGCUUCCAAACUAAAUGGGGAGAGAAUCUGUCGACGUGGAACAGAGCGCCCGUGCUACAAGGCCUUCUACAUCCAGGACAGCAGGCGUAGGCUGACCUUUGAGGAUGCCAGACAGGCCUGCAGGUCUGACGGAGGCGAGCUGCUCAGCGUUGAGACAGACAGCGAGCAGCACCUCAUGGAGAGGUUCAUACAAGAGCUGAAGGUUGGAGACGGAGACUUCUGGAUCGGGCUCCAUCGCAGCCCGCAGCAUCACAGUGCAGGGAACUCUAAUCUGGGCUGCCCCUCCCAGUACUCUUGGCUGGAUGGAAGCAAAGCCAAAUACAGGAACUGGCAGUGGGACGAGCCUUCGUGCGGUACUGAAAUGUGUGUGGUUUUGUACCACCAGCCCUCUGCUCCUCGUGAUGAAGAUGCUCAUUUCCUUUUCAAAUGGAAUGACGAGAACUGCAGCUCUAAAAACAACUUUGUCUGCAAAUACCGAGAAGAUAAAGUACCCAUCAUUACAGGUGACAGGAGAAAAACACAAGCAGUUCCAUCUCUGAGGCCAAGCAUAUUCUCAACAACAGAAGGAGUUAACAAAAUAGAAAUGGGACUACCCGAGUCAUCAGUGUCUUUCUCAGAAAACACCCUCUAUGUUUCAUACAUCCUCUAUGCCACUAUUCCUGCUCUAGUCCUGCUUCUGUUGGCAGCCGCUGGCUUCUUCUGCUACAAACAUCGUGCAAAAAGGAGAAAGACGGAAACAGAAAGCUACCAUAGCAGAUCAAAGCAGUGGAUGUCCACAGCAACUUCAGUCCCUCUACAAGGACCAUACGCCUUUAGCGAUGUAACCAAACUGCCCCAUAAUUCACUGGACUGCAGAGCACCAGCAAAGGAGACAGCAAAAUACUCCUGCACUCCUUCUUAUGACUCCCAAUAUGGCGACUAUGAGAAUGUGGCGAGUCCUGACAAGGAGAGCGGCUUUGUGACCAAUGACAUCUAUGAGCCUUGCAGAGGUCGGCCUUGCCGCGGUCAGACAGGAUGGGUGGAAAAUGAGAUCUAUGGAUAAUAAUUGUCCAUCUGGGGUCUUUGACUAUUGUGAAAAAUAUAGAAUGAGAGACUUGUACUAUUCUGUAUCCCUAUUCUGUAUAUUUGUGUGGUACUUGUUCACUGCUGUGUGUUUGUGUGAUCUUAUAUGGACUAGAUUUGUGUUGCUGGUGUUCAUCUCAGAAUAUUUGCAUAACCCCAUAUAAACAUAUAUUCAAAAUCUUUCAAAUAAAUGCUAAUAAUCAAAACAAAGACCCACAGCAAUCCCAAGAUGGUUUUUUUAUUCAAAAUAAACACAAAUUUGGGGAAAUUUGUGAAUUGUUCUGGGUAUUUAGAGUUAAAUAGACAAUCAGGACUGACAAGCAAGUAGCAAUUAUCACGAGACUCCAGCUAAUAUAUGUUUAGACUAUAUUUCCAAAUAAAAGUGCCAAUUUUAGUCACGCAAACAUUUGUUGAUUGUUGUGACUUUUUUAAUACAAAAAGCAUUUGAAAUAAAAACAUAAAAACAAGGGAAUGAGACUGAAACUGUGACCCAUUCCGCUUAUUGUGACCAUCAAUAUGUUAAGAACUUCAAAGCUAACAGACUUGUUAUAUGUGCAGCCACCAGGUUUAAACUAUUUCCUGUUGGUGUUUUAAAUUUAUUGAUUUUCAGACGCAUGAAGGUUGAAUUAGAUUUGCUCAAACUGGGAGAAUUUACAUGCAACCCUGAAAGUAUAAAUGUAAGGACCUCCACAAGGUUGCUCAUUUGUAAACAAUUCACAAUUAGUCCAAAGUGACAGAUUUAUAGAACAUGUCACCGGAUUUACUGUGACACGUGAACAAAAGGUUACAAGGUUGGGGUCUAAAAAGCAUCAUUUUGGCUCUUUGAUGUGAUGGGAGUAUUUCAACCUUCUGUCAUUCCUGUGUAGAGCUUCCUGUUUGGACCCUGGUGUCAGGGAACAGGACAGUACAUUCGGAAGCAGCGAUGACAGAACUCUGCUGACCAAAAUAGAUCUUAUUGCUGUUGGAUUGCUGAUUUAUUUUUUUGUCUUUGUAAGAAGCUCAAUCCCUUCACUGAUCUCUCAAAGUCAGUUGAACAAGUGUGUGCCUCCUAUGUAAUUUUGCAAAAAUAACACAGAUGCAUAUUUCUUAAAAUAAAUCCUUGAGCAUA